AUGCAGGACAUUCAGAACGACCUCCCCUUGGCCAUGGCUAUGGCUGGCCUUUCCUCCGUCGCAUGGUACAUUGGCAUCGAAAUCAACGUGUCUCUAUUUAUCCUUUUCAAACGAAAACAAGGGCUGUACUUUUGGUCCUGCCUGAUUGCUUCUUGGGGUGUCAUCUUACAACCCAUAUUCAUGCUGCUUGCGGAUUUUAAUGUCUGGAAAGAUGCCAUUCCAUCCAUCGUCAUGAUCUACUUAACUUGGUUCAUGAUGGUUGUCCCUCAGAGCUGGGUUCUCUAUUCGCGACUGCAUCUGCUCAUGCGCGCCACAAACACUUUACAGAUCAUCAAAUACGUCCUCAUCUUCAACUCCAUCGUCUUCGCCUUUCCGACCAUGGUCAUUGGCACUCUAGCACAAGCGACGAAUGUGAACCCCGGAUUAAAAUCAUUUAACCUCAAAUGGGAUCGGAUUCAGCUCGUCGUCUACUUUGUUCAAGAGAUCUCACUGAGUUUGCUGUACAUCUUCCAGACUUACAAAUAUUUGAAGGAUAUCCGUCCACUACAGCUGCGCUUUUGGUCACUUUCUUCAACUACGAGCAACGACGAGCCCCCGCCAAAGGAGCAGUCUCCGGUCCUACGCCAUCUCAUAUAUGUCAACAUUGUCAUCAUCGUCCUCGAUAUUAUACUACUCGGUAUUCAAUGCGCCGAUCUCUUCUAUUUGCAAGCUGCUUUGAAGCCAUGCAUAUAUGGGCUAAAGCUCAAGGCCGAGUUCGCCAUUCUCAACCGCCUCAUUGGAAUUCUUCAGCGCCGGCAACCGUUCCCGCAGGGGGAGUAUGUCGGGAGUGCACCAGAAAACGCAAAGCCUCUUGACAACAUGACUCUAUUCCGCGAGAGGGCAGUGAGAGACGGUGAUUGA